UCUAGCUUGUCUCUGCUUUUUAUUUAGCCAGCUACCAAGUUGCGACAUUUCACUUCACGCCGCUUCAUCGUUUUGUUUCCCCGCAUAAUAUUUUGGGAUAAAUGCACGACGUAUCGUUUUUUAAAACUGUUAUAAUAAAUGUAAGUGAUUCGAUUUUUCCAGCACUAUUAACAUUCCUUCUAAGUAUGGCGUAUUCAGAAUUGGUAAAAUAAUUAUCGUAUCGUGACAUGAACAUUUAUUUAGCAUGCUGUAAGAAGACAACGUGUUGAAGACAGGAUUAGGCUAUUUCUCAGACCUACCGAGCGUGCACAGACAGGUUUUUACGGCAGGGGCAGCCACAUGAAGAGGUCAAUAAAGAGGAUGACGAAGACGGAAGGAUAAACGACAAGAGACAGCCAGGGAAGGAAGAAACGUGGAGAAGGAGGGAUGAGAAAGAGACUAAAAUAAGAGGAGGAAGUGGAACUCCAAAGUGCCUAAGAAGACUGAGUGGGUGCCUGACGUUCUGGUCUGGAGUGUUUGGCUGGCUGGUGGCCUGCUGCCUCUGUGUACUGCUGCUGUCUCCUGGCCCUGCUAGGUGAGAGUAGAGCAAAGCACAGCACUGUGUGUGUGUUUAUUUGUGUGUGUUUGGCCUUGAAUGAGGCUAUAUGUGACCCUGACAGCCAGAGAGUCACUCCGUCCUGCUGCUGAUCUGCAAUCCGCCCACCUCCCCUCAGCCUCCACCUCCCCCCAGCCUCCACCUCCCCCAGCCUCCACCUCGUCAUCAAUACAAGGACACUGGUCGAUAAGCUUCUGCUUUUUUAUCUUUCUCUUUUUCUAAACAGCCUGACCAGGCAUACUAAACGCUACAGAAGCCGUGCCACAGUUCUGGAUAUUUGGGGUGGUUUUGGGGUUUCUGUCUGAAGAAUGGAGUGACCAGCACGCGCAAGACAGAGAAAGACAGACUGACGGACAUAAGAAGAGGAAGCUGUCAUUGGAAGGCCUCUCUCUAGGACAAUGCAUGUCUGAACUAUAUAUCUCAGCAUGCCAGAGUAAGGUCCCCCAAUUUAGUCCUUUUUCUAUGAGACAGAGCUGGCCUCUGCUCACCUCUAUCUCUGAGAACUCAUCCCAUCGUCAGUGGAUCAGGGAUCUGCACCGUACCCAAGAAAACCCACUACUCCAGCCUCCAUACCCAGAAACUCAAAGUCAUUUCAAAGGACCAGCUUAUUCAUUGUAUCCAGUAUAACUAAGUCUUUCAUUUAAUUUCACGCACUCAUCUCCUCUUGUCUUGCCAAGGAGUUUCCAAUGUAUUUUCGUCUGCAUCAGGGCUUUUUGUUUGUGCACUAAGUCCCGAUUGUGUCCAACCCUAGACCCUACUCCUUUAUCCCCUUCUUGUCCCGAGGGGCUGUAAUGGCAGUCAAUAUGGGAAGUAUGGCCAUGGGCCGGGACACUAAGUGGUUGACCCUAGAGGUGUGUCGAGAGUUCCAGAGGGGUACCUGCUCCCGCUCGGACGCUGAGUGUAAGUUCGCCCACCCAGCCAGGAGCUGCCACGUGGACAAUGGCAGAGUCAUCGCCUGCUUCGACUCACUCAAGGGACGCUGCACGCGUGACAACUGUAAGUACCUGCACCCCCCUCCCCACCUCAAGACCCAGCUGGAGAUCAACGGGAGAAACAACCUGAUCCAGCAGAAGACAGCAGCGGCCAUGUUGGCCCAACAGAUGCAGUUCAUGCUGCCAGGAGCCCAGUUGCAGCCCAUAGUGAAUAGCCCACACUACACAACUACGUUCCCUAUGACUCCCAGUAUGUCGUCCCUGGCCACCAGUCCCAGUAUGGCGUUCAGCCCGUAUCUGAGCCACAUGGGUCCAGGGAUGGGCCUGAUGCCUGAGCUGCUACACCAGGCCCCCCUGCUGGUCCAAGGGAGCCCCACCGGCCUCCAGGUCAUGGGCAACAGCAGCUCCCAGCAGAAACACAUGCGGACAGACAAGCUGGAGGUAUGUCGUGAGUUCCAGAGGGGUAACUGCACGCGGGGCGAGGGCGACUGCCGCUAUGCCCACCCUAUGGAGGCAGCCAUGGUGGACGGCAGUGAAAACUCAGUCAUCGUCUGUAUGGACUACAUCAAGGGCCGCUGCUCCAGGGACAAAUGCAAGUACUUCCACCCCCCUGCCCACCUGCAGGCAAGGAUUAAGGCCGCCCAGCACCAGGCCAGCCAAACCGCCAACGCCAUGGCCCUGCCCCAUGGGGCAAUGCAACAGCUACCAAAGAGGCCCACCUUAGAGAAGAGUAACGGGGGUGGUGCUGUGUUCAACCCCAGCAUGUUCCACUAUCAGCAGGCCCUGGCUAACAUGCAGCUGCAGCAGCCAGCCUUUAUCCACCCUGGGCUUAUGAAAGGGCCGGCCCCGCUAGCAGUGGAUGGCCGUUGGGAGAGGCGGGACUGGAGCAGCUGCAGGCACCCCCACAGCCGCCUCUUGUCAGCGCCUGGAUUCAAUGUACCCAUGAUGCACGGUGCCACCACCUCCACUGUUUCGUCGGCCUCGACCCCAGUCACCAAUGUUCCUUUCGCAGAAUCAGCCUCCUCCAAUCAGUAGACCCUUCAGAGGUUCUGAGUGCCGACCCAGUGGACCUUCAGUGCGUCCCCAUGGAAGCCCACUUCUGCCCUCUCCCCAAACUCCUGAUGGCUGCUCCGGUGGCGCUGAACUCAGUAACCCUCCCGUGAAACCCCAGUUAAAGCACCCGACAACACCAUCAAACCCUUAGUCAUCCCCAACCAACCAACCCUGCCCCAAAAAUACCACAGUCAACUAUUUGAAUGCAAGAAACAUGUGCCUAACCUACAGUGCACCCCAAGUGAGAGGUAGUGUUAUCCUCAUUAAGGAGGUAUUCACAUAAUAAAGAAGUUGACUUGGUUUUAUUGACAUUUAUCACAGGCAAUACUAAAGCUUGGACCCAUUACUGUUGAUGUAAAGCCAGCCCAGACUGAUGCACAUUGACUUGAAGGAGCAGACUGAAGGAGAGGCUCCCCAGUUCUUACAGCCAUACAAACCCACACCUUUAACACACAAAUACACAUACACACUAAAAACAGCAAAUCCUCUUGGAGACUAAGCUGAGGAUAUGAGGUGUAAGGUCGUAUAAUCUUACACAGCUGACUGUUCCCUCAAAGUCAGACAGUCUGGAAAGAAAAUGAGUGACAAGUCAGACAAGAAGAAAGAAGUAGUCUGCAGUGCUUGGAUCAUUCUAGAAGUAGUCUGCAGAGCUUGGAUCAUUCUAGAAGUAGUUUGCAGAGCUUGGAUCAUUCUCGAAGUAGUCUGCAGAGCUUGGAUCAUUCUAGAAGUAGUUUGCAGAGCUUGGAUCAUUCUAGAAGUAGUUUGCAGUGCUUGGAUCAUUCUAGAAGUAGUCUGCAGAGGUUGGAUCAUUCUUGAAGUAGUUUGCAGAGGUUGGAUCCUGUAGAUCAUUCUAGAAUGCAAUGUCGUUUUCUUCAUCUUUUCUUUUUCACUUCAAAGAAAUGUGUUGCGUCUCAUUUAAUGUUUACAGUACGUUUCAAGAUGGCUGAAGCUUAAAAGCAGUGUGUUAUUAUGUGAGCCAUUCCCUUAGUUCAGAGAGGCUAAGCUCCUAUGGUCCAAUUCAAAAAUCUCACCCAAGGUCUCAUAUAUGAUGUUCAUUUGUCUGUGCCUUUUGAGUUCCCAGCUAUGUAGGAGAUUUGAUGUCUUAUCCCAAAACAACUGAAGUCAAUGACUUAAAACCCAAUAGCCUUGAUCUCAGACAAAGUAUAGAGAAGUGUUUCUAUUGACACACAAGUCUAUAGCUCCUCCUGUGUAUAUAUUGCCUGUCGAAAGGUCUCUCUGUUCAGGAGGACUAGGUCCUGUGACAAGCUCUCUUCAUGAGAUGAUUUUUGGGUCGUUACACGAAUAGAGUGCCUUUCAAUUGAACUGUUAGAUCACGUACAUCGAUGCUCUAACUAGUCUCGUCAAUCCCAGACCUAUAGGGCAACAGCACUGGGAAUCAUGAAAAAGGACAUUGUCCUCUUCAGACAGACCAAUCACAAGUUUGGGUAGGCGGGGCUUAGAAUGCAGGCAGGAAUUGUGAAGAACUCUUACCAUGAUGGCCUGUAGAGCCAGACAUGCCAGAACUUUGCAAUUUGAAACCAAAGUUUGCAAGAAAAACCUUUGCAGUGGUUUUAGUGAAGGUAGUUGAUGCAAACUAGCCACUUGUGAAAUACACUCAUUAAAAUAACCUCUGUGAGCUCCAACUUGUUAGCUACUAUUUUGGGCAACAAGCGAAUAAGGCAGUGACGUAAGAAAGAAGGAAAUCCCAACUCCACCUUUUACUCUAUGUCAAAUGGACUUUUGUCUUAGUACAGACGUGUAUGCUGGAAGACUGGUGCAUUGUGGGAGGCAACCCAUCUGUCUAGAGAGGCUAUGCUCUAACUUAACAAAACCAUUUUCAUUCAAAUAAGUUGUUUUCUAUAAAAAUCCACAUUUUGCCAUGUCCCAUGUCUUGUUGGUCCAACUUCUAGGAAGAUUUUAACUCACUUAACUGCAAGUUUUUCAGAUGUUUUCAUGGUCAUUUCUGAAGAUGUUUGACUUGUUUAAUGUAAUUCCCCCUCUGACAUCAUUGAACGUCUGUGCACGCAUGAUAGAACAGCAAUGUACUGCUAUUUUAUUUUACCAUGAUGCCGGAUGCUCCUCUCCUCCGUUUAUUCAACAAAACAAAAACAAUAACACCUUUGCUCGGGCCGAAGAAUGGCGCUGUUAUUCCCUUGUGUGGAUUUCAACUUUAAACCUCUUGAGAUGGGAAAACAUGUUUGUUAUGAAUUUCAACAUGUGCUCCUCAUGACAGAAUGUUACAAUUAUGUGAAAGUGAUAUUUUUGACAAAAUUACACUUCCCAAAAGGUCAUUCGUGGAAGGGACACAUUAUUGAAACCAAAAAUGAAAUUCAAUGGCGAAAUCGGAAAUAAUACUUAUUAAUAUUUUUGGAACUUUCUGGAACCACUGCAGAGGCUGCAUCAGGGGAGUUGUUUUGCUUGUCUGAAAGGUCUAGCAUGCUUACCUGUGUGCCAAUGAUUCUAUAAUGGAGGUUUGUCUGUGCCAAUCAUUGGUGUAUACUGUAUCCUGAAUAGAAUUCCCUAACUGUUGUCAGAUUGAUAUCUGAGUGGAUGUUUCCCCUUCAAUGAGCCGUCUCUUCCUCUGUCAGACGUCAACUAACAGAUAUUUUUUGGGGUCAAUCUCCUGCAUUCAUAGUAGUAUGUUUAAGUAAGUGGUAUACAUUUUUCUAUAUGUUGUGUUAAGAAUAUUUUAAUGGAAUGGAUUUGACAAAAAAAAUGUGGUUCUGCAGGGAGUAUAUUGAGUAAGCUUGAAAUUGUUCUGUCUGUAAAACAUGUAUUUGAUCAUAGUCACUGUGUCCUUACUUUCAAUCAUCAGCAGACUUUAAAUGCUACAAAUAUAGUGACCUGGUGGGACAGUACCGACCUAAGUAGAGGAAAUAGAAGGAGAUAGUGAGAGACUGAAAGAGAAACUGAUCAAUUCUGGAGUCAAGUAUUUGGUCUUAAAAUGGUAUCCAGAAUUAUUACAAAAUGGAGCAGAAUUGCUAUGAAAAUGGAUAGAGAGAAUACAUUAGCUGAUAUGUUUAGGUGAGUUUUAAUGCGCCUCUCUCACUCGUUUUCAAGUCUUCUGAAACCAAUCACUGUCCAUACACUGUAAUAACUGACUUUUCAGUCUUUUCAAAACAGAUGCUAUGUUGACUAGCACUGCCUGUCUGGCGCCAUUGAUCGGUCGUGUCUCUGUAGUUUCUUCUUUGAAACAGCUGUGUUGUCUCAUCUUUUGAUGAGAUAAAAAAAAAGUAAUCAGCCUGAGUGGGUGGUGUGUUUAAAUGUUUUAAUUAAUGACACUGAAUCACUGAGUUGGACGUGGAAAUGUUGAGACGUUUUCCACAUCUUGGGGGAAAUGGAUAUUGACAGGAAGCUAUUCAUGUUUAAGUCAUGUCAUUUACGUGGUGAAUGUAUCUAAUAGCGCAAAAGUCGAACGGCAUGUUGAAAUGUAAUGAUUCACUAUAUAGGCUAUUUCUAUUAAGAGGUCAAAUGCAAACCACGUUAAGAAAACAUACUGUGUUAAGAAAUGUUUUAAGUAUGUGUGUGUAUUGUUAUAUAGGUUUAUGUUUAAAUGUGUGAGUACUUUCAGAAAUAUCUUUGGACAAGUGUGGUCCUUUCUUUGAUGCAUUCAGAUGCAUAUUAGAAAUGGUCCUCUCUUAAUCAAUGAAAUUGAUAUUAGAAUGUCUAGACAUAUUCAUUUUGUCUAAAUUGUAUAGCUUUGAAAGACUUGCGUUGCCCAGCCAAGAUGAAAAUCUAUCUUCUCCCCCCCCCCCCCCCUCUCUAUGUCACAUCAUUAUGCCUUCUCCAACUGCUAUCCAGCUGGAAAUAACAAAAUACUUGAUUUAAGAAAAAUAAAAUGUGCCUCGUG